AUCGACGCCUUAUGUUCGGCAGGUUACCAAGGAGUCGACUGUUCUGUGGACAUAGACGAGUGUAGCGCCAACUCAGGCAUUUGUGGCACCUACCAUUGCUUCAAUCUUCCUGGUGGCUACAGCUGCCUUGGUGCGCCUGGCUUUGAUGGCACACCAUGUCAGGUAGGAGCCUAGUUUCCCGGGUUUGAUCACACAACAUGUCAGGUAGGACAAUAGCUACCUGGCUUUGAUGUUACACCAUGUCAGGUUGGACCAUAGCUACCUGGUUUUGCAGCUGUGUAUUUAGUACAGUCAAUCUCCAAGUGAAGAUGUAUUGAUCUCCUCUAGUAAAACUCUUAGGAUUAGGUGAUGAGAACCCUUUCUCAAGCAGCUCCCCCCCCCCCACCCCCUGGCCGCUUCUGGAACCAAGUAUUUCCCAAAUAUUGGGUAAUUUUAAGAACAAGGUAUUUUAGUAUUUGGUAAAAUUGACAGAAGAGUUUAUUUGCAUAAAAAAAUGUUUAGCAAUUGAGUAUUGAAACUGAUGAUUUUAACCCUACAGAACAUUAACGAGUGCCUAUCACAGCCAUGCCAGAACGGUGGAACAUGCAUAGAUGGCAUCAACUCAUUCACCUGCACUUGUCCACCUGGCUACACGAGCUCCGACUGUGGUACAGACGUGGACGACUGUGCCAGCAAUCCUUGUACCUCGCCCAACACUGCAUGCAGGGCUGCCACUCACUUUUUUAAAAUUUCCCAAGAUAUGGUCAUGAAAUUUCCCAAGAUUUCCCAAGAUCAUAAAAGUAUAUAGGAGUUUAGUGUUUUUUUUAAAUUGGGGGGGGGGGGGGUUUCCUAUGUCCUUAAUGUAAUUAAGGCCUCUGAAACACAUGUUACAAUAAUUGACUGAAAUGUAUUGAAAAAGACAUUUUAAAAAAAAAAUGUUUAUCACAUAAAAUAAAUAAACAAUUUGUUUGUUUUUUUUAAAUAUUUAUAUUAUUUUAUUUUCCAAAAUAUCAGCACCCACUGGAGUUAGGCUACUAAAUGUUACAUCCUAAUUCUCUAGUAAAAAUAUCAUCUACAAUCCACGUGUAAUAGAAGUCAAUUGGAAACAGAGCUCACAAGACUAAACAACACACAAUUCCUUUUACAAAGGCAAAAGGUUCUUCAUCAAAAAUUGUUUUUUCUUAUUGUAAGUCUGUUGAUUAGUAGUGGGGUUUGCAAAGCUAUUAAGCAAAAUUUGUUGAUAAUAAUUGUAGUUAAAAUGGAUUGAUAGUUAUGAAAGCAAUAAGUAUGUUUAUUUUUUCUUGUAAAUUUACAUUAUAAUGGUUUUUAUUUAAACGAAAUACUGAUUAAAGGAAUUUUUCAUUUAUUUCCUACAAUGUAUAAUUUGAAUAUCUUAGUUACCUGUGUGUCAAUCCACAAAUACUUUUUCCAAUAGAUGAAAAUUAGGCUAGAUUUUUUAAAGAUGCAUAAUAUUUUGAACACAUUGUAUAAGUAAUUGAAAUAAUCCAAUUUUACUAUGGAUUCUUGAUAGAACACUAUCAUUCACUCUUUGAUUUGUACUGUUUUUUGUAUGGUUGCUAAUGUCUUAUUAUACGCAUGAUAAAGUUUCCGAGUCUACCGCCCCCCCCCCCCUGUUUAAUAAACAUUUAACACCUGGGUGUAAUUUGCAAAUCUUCAACUUAAAAAAAAGAAGAGAAAAUUAAAUUUUUCUUUAAUUAUUAACUUGUUGUUGAUUUAAAAUAUUAGUCUAACUUUAAUUUCAGAAGAGUACUUAUUUAUUUAUAAAUGGUUUUAAAAAUUAAAACAAGAAAAGUACAUUUUUAAAAAAUUAUUUUUUUUCCUUGUUACUAUAAAAUUAGUUUGCUUAAUUUUCGCUUUUUUUUUUUUUAAUCACGUAUAUUGUUUGCGUUUUUCGAAAAAUAUAAUAAAAUCUUCCCCACAGUUAAGAUUUCCCAAGGUUUUGCCUGAUUUUCAAAAUUAUUCCCCAGAUCCCAAGGGGGGUCAUGAAUUCCCAAGAUCUUGGGAAAUUUCCCAAGGUGUGGUAGCCCUGACUGCAUGUCGUGAUCUGGUCAAUGGCUUCAAAUGUGUCUGCAAGGAAGCUUUUUCAGGUGACAUUUUUUUAAAAAUUAUAUUUUGUACCAAGAAAAUUACUUUUUCCAUUAGGUCCGAGAUUAAGCAAUGAAUAAGAUUGUCCUGUUCAGAGUAAACAAAAAAAAUCAAUUCUUAAUUGAGUUUUAAUUUGAUCAGCGUUAUAAAAAAUCAUUUCCUUGCUGCCUGGCUAUAAUAGAAAUCUAAGUAAUUUCCAGCUUCAGUCUUGAUCAUAUCUAUUUUUUGGGGGGUACAUUUAAAAAAAAAACAACCUGAUGGUUCUUAGGAUUUCCGUUUACGUCUCAAUUAAGGACGUGAUACAAUAGUGAGGUUCUUGUUUUAGGUGAGCCCUCGAGCUGUAUGGACAUAAAUGAAUGUGAUCUCCGUUACUGUCAGAACAGCGCCACGUGCAACAACACGGUAGGGAGCUACACGUGCAACUGUCAGGCUGGAUUCGUUGAUAAGAACUGCAGCACCGACUUCAACGAAUGCAGCAGCAAUCCGUGUGUCAACAAUGCCACGUAAGUUGUCCCCCACGUAAGUUGUCAUCAUUGGCACAUUAGUUGCCCUAAUAACAUGUCAUCAAUGCCCCAUAAUUUGUCUCAGAUCAUGGGUCAACAAUGCCACUUAAACUGCACCCAAUGUUAAAAAUGCUAUUUAAAUUGUCUCAUGUCCUAAGUUCAACUGGUGAAUCUAUUGAUUAUUUAGAGCCACAUUGAUGUAUCCACUUGUCAGUUAACGUAUUACUUAAUAUAGACUGGUCAGUGUAUGGAUUAUAUAUCGACUGGUCAGUGUAUGGAUUAUAAUCGACUGGUCAGUGUUUGGAUUAUAUAUCGACUUGUCAGUGUAUGAAUUAUAUAUCGACUGGUCAGUGUAUGGAUUAUAUAUUGACUAGUCAGUGUAUGGAUUAUAUAUUGACUGGUCAGUGUAUGGAUUAUAUAUCGACUGGUUAGUGUAUGGAUUAAGCUGUGCCAAAUUAAGUACUUAUCUGUGACCCACUUGUAUUUGAUGAUGAUUUAUUCUUGAUAAUUUAGAAUAAAUUUAUUAAACAUUUUUUAUUUCAAAAAAAAAUAUUCAAUUAAAGUUUUAAAAAAAGGCAUGUGUAGUUUUUUAAAAUAUUUUUAAAUCUCGCUAUUUCAGCUAAUUUGUAUGUGAAUAGUUACCAAUUUCAUAUAUAUGUAGGUUUCCCUGAAGGUACUACAUCACUUAGCUUCUGAAACAUCCUUCAAAGAAUUCAAUAGCUCAUUUGUAAACCAAAGUAAUCUCAUUGUUUUAAUUCCAUCAUGCCAGAUGUAAUCUCAUUGUUUUAAUUCAAUCAUGCCAGCUGUAAUGUCAUUGUUUUAAUUCCAUCAUGCCAGAUGUAAUCUCAUUGUUUUAAUUCCAUCAUGCCAGAUGUAAUCUCAUUGUUUUAAUUCCAUCAUGCCAGAUGUAAUCUCAUUGUUUUAAUUCCAUCAUGCCAGCUGUAAUCUCAAUGUUUUAAUUCCAUCAUGACACGUGUAAUCUCAUUGUUAUAAUUCUAUCAUGACACUUGUAAUCUCAUUGUUUUAGUUCCAUCAUGGCACAUGUAAUCUCAUUGUUUUAAUUCCUUCAUGAUUCUUGUAAGCUCAUUGUUAUAAUUCCAUCAUGACACAUGUAAUCUCAUUGUUUUAAUUCCAUCAUGAUACUUGUAAUCUCAUUGUUAUAAUUCCAUCAUGACACGUGUAAUCUCAUUGUUUUAAUUCCAUCAUGACACAUGUAAUCUCCUUUCAGCUGCAAUGACUUGGUCAACAACUACACAUGUGCCUGUCUUCUUGGCUUUGACGGAAGAAACUGUGAACACAAUAUUGAUGACUGCCUGUCAAACAUUUGUCACAAUGAAGGGUCAUGUCAGGAU